AAGUGCUUUAGACUAGUUAGCAUCAUAAUGAUUACAAGGGUAUUGGCCGCUUUGGCCAUCGCGGCGGUGGUUUACUGUCAAGAGCACCAUUCACACUCUUAUUCCACCGUCAUCACCCACGAAGCGCCAAAGAAGAUCGAACAACACGGUCCUUCAUAUACCACCUACCAAAUACCUUCCCAUCAGGAAUCUAUUGCGUCAUUCUCAUCUCUCUCCUCACUCUCAUCAUCUGUUUCAUCUAAAGACCAAGUCCCUAAUUACGUCCUUCCUACUCCAGAAGAAGUUGAAAAACUACCGCCUCCAGUGAUCCGCACUCAUAUACCAUCCGAGCCCGCACCCGUACACCAAAACCAGGAACCGCCGGUGCCUGUUCAACAUUAUUUCACACCUGUCAACUUCCAAGCUAAACCUGUCCAGCCAGUACUUCAACCUAUUCCUGUGCUUCAGCAAACAGUGUCUGUGCAUCAUCAAGCUCCUGUGGAGCAGCAAGUUUCCUUGCACUAUCAACCCACCCCAUCGAUCCAAACAGUUCAUUAUCAAACUCCUUUAGAACAGCAGGUUUCUCUGCACUAUCAGCCCACCCCAUCGAUCCAAACUGUAUCCAUGCAACAUCAACCUACGAUUCAAUACGAAUCUUCGCCUCUACACUAUCAAUCUCCUGUGAAUCAUUUCUCCUCACCUGUUCAUCAUGAAAUUGCUUCAGUUCAACAUGAAGCGCACCAACCUCAUCAAGAGCACUAUGAAGAUUAUUACGCGCACCCUAAGUACGAGUUCGAGUACAAGGUUGAGGACCCGCACACCGGCGACAAGAAGGCGCAGCACGAGGCCCGCGACGGCGACGUCGUCAAGGGCUACUACAGCCUGCACGAGGCGGACGGUUCUGUCCGCACUGUUGAGUAUUCAGCUGACAAGCACAAUGGAUUCAACGCGAACGUGAAACAUGAUCAUCAACAGAGCCACCAUUAAAAAUGUCCUGUACCUGCAAUAUUAUUUAUUAAUUACCUCUACGAUAAUGUUAGUAUUCUUAUAUUAAGUUUGAAUAAAAGAAAUAAA